UUCUCUCUUGACUAGCCUUUAUAUAUCAACCUUUGUAAUCUUAUCCAUUCAGUGCUCUAUAUGCGUAAAUACUAUUAGAGAUAAGAGUUAUACAGAAACUGAGAGCGAUCAAAAAAAAAAAAAAAAAAAAAAUGAGAAAAAAUGACUAUCUUCCUCUUUUCGAAACAAAGUUAGCUAAGGGGCGUACCCUAUUCCUAUCGUUCGUUACAACAAUCUUCUUUGGUAUCUUCUCCAUAGUUGUCUACAGAACAAGCUACAUACCAUCGAAAGAAGAAGGUUCCAGAAGAUUUGCUUGGAUUGGAUUGUUUCUCGCUGAGCUUUGGUUCAGCCUUUACUGGUUUAUCACUCUUGUCAUUCGAUGGAAUCCCGUCUAUCGUUACACUUUUAAAGAUAGACUGUCACUCAGGUACGAGGAGGUUUUGCCAAGCGUGGACAUAUUCGUGUGCACGGCUGACCCAACAGCGGAGCCACCGAGUAUGGUGGUUAACACGGUGUUGUCGGUCAUGGCUUACGACUAUCCUCCGGAGAAGCUGAGUGUUUACCUCUCCGACGAUGGGUGUUCGGACUUGACAUUUUAUGCCAUGUUUGAGGCCUUGCGGUUCUCCAAGGAAUGGCUUCCUUUUUGCAGGAAGUUUGGAGUGGAACCAAGAUCGCCGGAGGCUUACUUCCAAAGAGCUAAUUCUCAGCCACUCGGUGGUGAUGCUGCCAAGGCCAACGAGUGGACCUCCAUCAAGAAACUGUAUGAAGACAUGAAGACGAGGAUUGAGAGUAACACAAAGGCGGGACAAAUUUCGGAAGAGAUACGCAAACAACACAAGGGGUUUCGCGAGUGGGACUCCGUUUCAAGCAGACGUGAUCAUCAGACAAUUCUUCAAAUUCUUAUUGAUGGAAGAGAUCCAAAGGCUGUAGACUCUGAAGGAAAACCUUUGCCAACUCUGGUGUACUUGGCACGUGAAAAGAAACCCCACUUCCACCACAACUUCAAAGCAGGAGCUAUGAAUGCACUGAUAAGGGUAUCAUCGCGAAUCAGCAAUAGUCCGAUAAUUCUGAACGUGGACUGCGACAUGUAUUCGAAUAAUUCGGAAGCAGUGAGAGAUGCUAUGUGCUUCUUUCUGGAUGAAGAGAACGGCCACGAGAUUGCUUUUGUGCAGUUUCCUCAGAAAUUCGAGAAUAUCUCCAAGAAUGACAUUUAUGGCAGUUCCUUGCGAGUCAUAAUGGAGGUCGUGCUCCGCGGAAUUGAUGGUAAUGGAGGGCCUUGCUAUAUUGGUACUGGGUGUUUUUACAGAAGAGAAUCACUUUCAGGAAAGAAGUACAUAGAGGCAACCAAAGUAGACUUGAAGAAUAAGAAUCGUUAUAGAAAGACUGAAGAUAAUGCAGAUGUUCUAGAAGAAACAAGCAAAGCUCUUGCAAGCUGUGACUAUGAAGAAAACACUCAUUGGGGAAAGGAGACGGGAUUGAUGUAUGGGUGUGCAGCGGAAGACAUUUUAACAGGGUUAGUUAUACAAUGUAGAGGUUGGAGAUCCGUCUAUUUCUGUCCAGAAAGGAAGGGCUUUCUAGGAGCUGCUCCCACGACACUGCUGCAAACACUUGUGCAACAGAAGAGAUGGACCAAAGGAGAUUUCCAAAUCUUUCUUUCAAGAUACUGUCCAUUGUGGCACGGCUACAAUAAGAUUCCCUUACGACUUCAACUCUCAUACUUAGCCUACUCGUUAUGGCCAGUAAACUGCUUCGCUUCGCUCUAUUACGCUAUCGUGCCAUCACUUUGCUUGCUUCAAGGAAUCUCUUUGUUUCCACAGAUGUCCAACCUAUGGGCGGUCCCAUUUUUCUACGUCUUUGUUGGCAACCGAGUUUAUAGCCUUGUAGAGCUCUUGAACUGUGGAGGGACAUUGCAGGAAUGGUUGAACGACCAAAGAAUGUGGUUGUUCAAGAGAACAACUUCCUACUUCUUUGCCUUCUUUGACAACAUCCUGAAGCUAUUGGGAUUCACCGAGUCAGCCUUCACCCUAACGUCGAAAGUGGUUGAUGACGACGUGUGCAAAAGAUACGAGCAAGAGAUAAUAGAGUUUGGAACUACCUCACCGAUGUUUACCAUUUUGACAACCGUCGCGUUUCUGAAUGUCUUUGGUUUCUGUUGGGGUGUGAAGAGGUUGAUUUUGGGUGAGCAGAGUUUGGUCCUAAACCCCUUUGCAUUGCAGGCUAUUCUCUCCGGUCUGUUGGUAUUCAUCAACCUGCCAAUUUACCAAGCUAUCUUUUUAAGGAAGGACAAGGGCAGAAUGCCUGCUUCAGUGACUUACCAGUCGAUUAUGUUCACUCUAGCAGCGUGUUCAGUCGCUCUGUAUUAGAACCUUUUACCAAGAUCAAGCACAAUUGUAAUUGAUUAGUACUUAAUUCGAGCUGGCCUAUGAUUAGGAAAGUAGCUUGAAGAAGUAUACUGCUCAUUUAUGUUUGUAAUUACUCUUCCUGUGAAGAAUGUAUGUUAAUAAA